AUUCAUAUACCUUUUGUUUACAAUUUUUGUGUUUAUGUGAAAAAUGCAAUUGAAUUAAAACAUGACGCUGGCACAUCGUGCGCUAUUCACGUGGUUUAUAGUGCUGGUGUUUCUGAUACUACUCUGCCUGAGGCUGGAUCCUCGCACCACCUGGAACUGGUUUGUCACCUUCACGCCGCUUUGGUUCUUCGACUGCAUCCUAAUCAUCUAUGUGCUCAUCAAGUUUAUACGAAAGUGGCGCAAUCUCAAUCGUCUGACGGAUCUGCUGUUUCUUUACAAGUGGAACAUUGGCGGUGUGCUGCUAACGAUAACAUCCCAAGUGAUGAUCUGCAUGACACUGGAGUAUCCACAACAGAUUCCCAUCUAUGUGACCAUGGCGCCUCUAGUGCUGCUCCUCUGCACGGCCAUUGUUUAUGUUGGCGGAAAACUGAGACAGCGCGAGGGUUGGUUGAAAUAAACAAAUGCAACUCAUAUUUAUAUAUUUAAUAUUAAGUCUACUAGUAAUGCAUUGAUAAAUCUUAAUGGAAACUGUUCAAAA